CGAAGCCAGCAAAAAACCCCAACUCGCUGCCUAGUGGUUUUUAUGCAAAAACGGCGCCUUAAAAUAGUGUGUUUGACUCAAUUUCCUCAAACUUACUCAAUCUAUGAUCAUGUCAAGUAUGGCCACUUCUUUGGGAAAAAUGAAGCUCGGGUUGUACUUCAUCGGAGUUUUUAUGUUGUUUGUUCCUGAAAUAAAUUCGGGUGGAUCUAAGAAUGACAGAGGAAUUCUUUCGCGUCGUAAAAGAUAUGUGGCUUUCCCGGAUGGAUCCACGUUGAUUUGGGCGUUCUGUAUGACGGCUCAAACGAUUAUUCCCGGAGGAAUUUUCACCGAAGGGGUGAAUUACGGCGUGUCCUACGAUUUGCCUAAUAGAACCACAUUUCGGGAAUAUUUCGACGACAAGAAGAAUUUUAUUCUGAGGAGGAGACAUAGGAGAGAUUUGUACAGCAAAGCCGAAGUUAUAAUGGACUCGAUGGGGUUCGACGGCAGGACUUGUAUCUAUCGUGCUUUAUGUGAAGCUUCUCGGAUGGGUCGUAAAAGCUCCACUCUAUCAGAACAAUUGAUCCGUCUUGUGUUCAAGUUUCCGGGAGAGACCAUAUCGGUAUUCGAACCUGAAGAGCAUCGCUUAUAUCAUUCAGCUUAUCGCCGAGCACGACAAAACAAGCAACAGGAUUGUGCCGACAUGUUUCCAGCUUGCACGAUAUCGCUUGUGGAUCUUGCGCUAGGAUAUUACAACGAUUAUGCACAGGAAGCUCAUCAGCUCACAUCAAACGACGAUUUAUGAUUUUUUAUCACCCCUCAUCAAGUUAAUAAAAUUUAAAGUAA